AGAUAAAAAGUGAGAAACACAAACAUACAUGAUAUUUUAAUUAAGGUCCAUAUUCAUAUAGACUGACACUGACUGACACAGACGUCAAGAUGCAAAUAAAGGGAAAAAGUUGGACAAAUACACAAAUAUAGAGGAAGUGAAUAUGAAAUAGGGGUUUUCAGAGUAAUAAACAAAUGAUGUGAUGAUGAAUGAGGGAUGAGAGCAGAUAUAAUGAUCACACUGUUUAAAGCUGCAGACAGAAACAUCAGACUCAGGACAGAAACACACGACCUCUAAAAAAUGGAGCAAACUCUAUAUUUCAUUCUUCUUCUCAUUGCUCUCUGCUCCGUAUCUGAAUGUGUUCAGCGUCAGUAUCACUUUAUAAACGUGACGAAGACCUGGACUGAAGCUCAGAGAUACUGCAGAGAGAAUUACACAGAUCUGGCCACCGUUGACAACAUGAACGACAUGAUCGAGCUGAACAAGAGUGUGAAUGAUGAAGGUGUUCAGAAUGUCUGGAUUGGGCUGCAGAAGACGAGUGUUGGUAAAUGGCAGUGGUCUUCAGGUGAUCCUGCGCUCUAUCUGAACUGGGGAACUGGACAACUGAAUAACGGAAAUGAGUGUGCUGUGAUGAGAAAUGGACAAUGGCAUGAUUUGAAAUGUGAUGAAAAGAAGGCUUUCAUCUGCAGUUCAUCUAACAACAUGAACACAGGACUCGUCUUUGUCAAUCAGACGAUGAAGUGGAGAGACGCUCAGAGUUACUGCAGACAGAAUCACAUUGAUCUGGUCAGUGUGAGGAACCAGAAUGAGAAUCAACAGCUUCAGAAGUUCAUCAAUGAUAGUCACAUAUCUGGUGAUGUCUGGAUCGGUCUGUUCAAUGACUCAUGGCAGUGGUCAGAUCAGAGUAACUCCUCAUUCAGAUACUGGAAUACUGGUGAACCUAAUAAUGCUGGAGGAAAUGAAAACUGUGCAGAGAUUUAUCCGAACGCUCAGGGAAAAUGGAAUGACGACCCUUGCAACAAACAAUAUCCUUUUGUGUGUCAUGAAGAUAAACUGAUUCUGAUCAAAGAGAAGCUGACGUGGUCUGAAGCUCUGAGAUACUGCAGACAGAAUCAUACGGAUCUGGUCUCGGUUCAUUCAGAAGAGAUUCAGCGUGAGGUGAUGAAUGUGGUUAAACAGGCGUCUACUGAGGAGGUGUGGUUGGGUUUACGUCACUCCUGCACUGUGGGCCUCUGGUUCUGGGUGAGCGGACAGACCGUGUGCUAUCAGAACUGGGCUCCAGGGAACGGCACAGGAGAGGAAGAGUGUGAGCGUACAGUGAGAUCUGGAGCAGUUCAGUCUGGAGGAGAUCAGCACUGGAUCAGCCGUCCUGAGACUCACAAACUCAACUUCAUCUGCAGCAGAUAUGAAGAGUGAAUGGAUACACAUACAUUUCAUGUAAGAUAACAAAUGCUUGUGUGUUCACUUCCUUUAACUUCAGUUUCAUUCAUCACUUGGUUUGUUGUGAAUCAUUCAUCACGUGUAUCAAACUGCUAAAGUCACGUGAUUUCAGUAAACAAGGCUUUUUUGAAACAUUUAAAAAUUUUAAUGGUUUGCCACUAUGAUCUCUGUGAACCC